AUGACCGCUGCAAUCAGAACGCUUGCUUAUGGAGUGUCGGCUGAUUUCAUGGAUGAAUACAUAAGGAUUGGAGAAACCACUGCAAUAAAAAGCUUAAAAAUAUUUGUUAAAGCGGUAGUUUCAAUCUUUUCUGAAGAGUACUUGAGGUCACCAAACAACAAUGACAUUGCAAGGUUGUUAGUAGUUGGCCAACAUCGUGGAUUUCCAGGAAUGCUAGGGAGCAUCGACUGCAUGCAUUGGAAAUGGAAGAACUGUCCAAGUAAGUGGAAAGGUCAAUAUAUUGGUCAUACACGUGAUCCAACAAUAAUUUUGGAAAUCGUGGCGUCGUAUGAACUUUGGAUAUGGCAUGCAUUUUUUGGGUUACCAGGGUCUCACAAUGACAUCAAUGUCCUAGAGCGGUCUUCUGUAUUUUUUGAGCUUGCUGAAGGGCGUGCUUCUCCGGUUAAUUACUCGAUAAAUGGUAAUAACUAUUCGAUGGGGUACUAUCUUGCAAAUGGUAUAUAUCCAUCAUGGGCAACAUUUGUCAAAACAAUUCCAGCACCACAAGACCGUAAAAGACAACAUUUUGCUUCCGCACAAGAGGCAGUCAGGAAGGAUGUCGAACGUGUAUUUGGAGUACUUCAAGCACGAUUUGCAAUUGUGCGUGGGCCUGCACGUUUUUUCCAUCUUGAAACGCUUAAGGACAUUAUGAUGGCAUGUAUAAUAUUGCAUAAUAUGAUCGUUGAAGAUGAGCAACAUACUUACCUUGGAGCAAAUGACUUUGAUUAUGAUCAAAUCAACGAUAAUGGACCCGAACCAGUAUCACAUAAUCCCACUUGUAACCUUAUGCAGUUCAUUGAACGUCAUAAUUCCAUUAGAGAUAGAGGAAUUCAUUCUCAACUUCAAGCAGAUCUCGUUGAGCAUCUAUGGCAACUACAAGGCCAGUCGUAG